AGUUGGGGGACUGGGAGGGAAUCCGACCGGUUUGAGACAAGCAAGAUGGCGAUCAACCUGUUUGUGUCUUUCCCACACCCUGGCGCCCUCCUCGUGGUGUGAUUAAACCAACUGGCGCUGCUACCCUUCUAUCUGACCCUGCCCACCUUAAAUCACCUUGCUCGACCUUACGCAGUAGGUUGGUGUCAUCAUUACCUGCCAAGGUUGCCUUCACCACCACCGCCUGUUCCCGUAGAAGAGAGAAAAAAACUUCGUUUGCAGCCUUAAUUUGAAUAAGACCCCCCUCUCCCUUCCAACUUACCCCGGUGAAGCCAACCAUUGCUCCUGCCAACCUCAACUCAUCGUUCCGCUAAAUCAACACUUCCAAAACCCGCAAGACCUCUUACUGAACACACACGAUUCCUCCAAUCUAGCGGUCACCCACCGAUAAACCGUAGUUCGAGAUGGGCCUCUUCGGCAUGGCAGCGAGCUACCUCGCCUUCUCCGUCCUCCACUUCUUCCAGUUCGUCCUGGCCGUCACCGUAUGCGGCCUCUACGCCGUCGACCUCAACCGCGCUAGAAGUGAAGGGAGCUACACCGACGGGAAAUGGGUCUUUGCUGUCGUGGUCGGCGCCCUCUCCGCCGUAACUGCUCUGCUCUACUUCAUCCCCUUCAUCCUGCGCUUCGCCAUCGUCUGGAUCUGGGAUGCCAUCCUCUUCAUCCUCUGGAUCGCCCUGUUCGGUCUCUUUGGCAAUAUGUACAUCAAGGAGAACGCAGAGGGCGACAGCGGCAUUCAGCGCAUGAAGAACGCCGUUUGGGUCGACUUGGCCAACGCCCUUCUCUGGCUCAUCAGCGCGCUGGCGACUGCCGCCUACUGGUGGAGACAUCGCGAGCGCCGCACCCGCUUCACUGGCCGCGGAAAGGUCUAAACAAACGAUAUUCAAAGCGAAUCAUGGCCUAAUUAACAGGGGGCGACAGAGCUCGUCUACUGAGUAGAUGAAAGUGGGCAGUGUGCGAGUGGACACUCGAGGUGAACGCUCAGGAUCCGGUGAUGAUGUUGUUAUGAGGCCGGUGUUUUGGAGUAUUUAAUUCUGCCGCAAACACGAUACCAGAACCCUGGCGAGGUUUAUCUUGUAUUCUUGCUUUCUUCCCACAAUUCCAACAAACUCUACGAAAGAUCCUAGAGUCAAUCGCCGUCUUUGGACACCAUCAUAUCCGAAUCGGCUGUGAGGUUAAUUCAGAAAAAAAAAUCCGUGGUUGCCGACUUACUUCUCCAUCAUAGGCAUAUGAGACUGUCACCAUAUC